GUGAUUUAACGAAUUCUGUCCACUUUUAUACUCACUACUUACUCAAGAGAAGCUAAAUUCCCUGGCGCAUUCUGGCUCUGUUGUCUAUAAUAUGAGUACUGAUCACACUGGCAUCGAAUGGCAAAAAGAAAAUGUUCAGCUCGGCAUCAUAGGAAUGGGCGACAUGGGACGCAUGUACGCCAGUAAAUUGUCCCAAAUCGGCUGGAAGAAGAUCUAUGUUUGCGAUCAGCCUUCCAACUACGAAAAACUGAAGAAGGAGUAUGAAGGCACUCUCAUAAAUGUCAUGCGAGACGGUUAUCAUGUUUCGCGUUUGGCUGAUUGGAUCAUGUACGCGGUGGAAGCCGAACAUAUAGACAGGGUAGUUGCUCAGUAUGGUCCGGCGACGAAGAUAGGCUCCAUUGUCAGUGGACAAACAUCAGUUAAGCAGCCUGAGAUCGAAGCAUUCGAACGUCAUCUUCCCGAGGAUGUACAUAUCAUCUCCUGCCACUCAAUGCACGGUCCAAAUGUCAAUCCUAAAGGUCAACCCUUGGUCAUCAUAAAGCAUCGCGCAACACAGGAGAAAUUGGAACUUGUGCGUAAUAUCCUCUCAGGAUUCGAAAGCAACUUCGUUGAGCUCAGCUACCAAGACCACGACCGUAUUACCGCAGAUACACAGGCAGUAACGCAUGCCGCGUUUUUGAGUAUGGGCGCUGCUUGGAAGGCAAACAACCAGUUCCCCUGGCUUGUUCCUCAUUUUGUUGGCGGUAUCGAAAACGUGAAGGUCAAUGUUGCUCUUAGAAUUUACAGUAACAAAUGGCAUGUGUACGCAGGUUUGGCCAUCAUGAACCCAAGUGCACGCAUACAAAUCACGCAAUACGCAAGGUCAGUUGCUGAUUUGUUCAAGUUGAUGAUCCAAGAAAAAGAAGACGAAUUUCGAGCUCGUAUCAUGAAGGCUGGUGACUAUGUCUUUGGUAGUUUGAACGAGGACCAUGUGCCUAUCUUGUUGGAUGAUAAGCUACUCGACGAGUUCUCUCUAUCGAAUGUUCCUAGUAACGGCAAACGAGAAACCAAUUCACAUUUGUCGCUGCUUGCAAUGGUGGAUUGCUGGUACACUCUGAAGCUCAAUCCUUAUGAACAUAUGGUCUGUCAAACACCUUUGUUCCGUUUAUGGAUGGGUAUCACCGAGUAUCUGUUCCGAAAACCGGAGAUGUUAGAAGAAACCAUACAAGCAGCGCUUUAUCGUAAGGAAAUUCGGUCGGACGAUAUGGAGUUUGUGACUUGUGCUCGAGGAUGGGCAGAAUGCGUCGAACUUGGCAGUAUGGACGGAUACCGAACACGAUUCGAAAGCACUGCUGACUUUUUCAAGGACAUGUUUGCAGACAGCGCUGUUCUGGGAAAUAAGAUGAUUGCUAUGAUCAGCAAGAACAUGCAGAAGACGAGUUAAUAGAGUAUCUCUUGUGUGUCCCAUUUGUCCUGGGCAGUAAAAAGUUGAAAUGUUUUUUUUUCCAAGGUGUUGACCUCGAUAUGCAGAUAUUUUAAAAAUCAAAGAGACGCUUUCGAAACAUACACAUGGUUCCUCGCACUUUGUAAAUUCAGUAUUCUAUUUCAUUCUAUUUCUAUCUAUAUCUCUAGAAUAUACCGAAAUUACAAUACUCAUAAAUGCUGAGAAUCGACCAGUUUAAAUGAGUAGUGAUAGCUUGCAUACCG